CCCUGGCCUGCUAUCAGGCUUGUCCUCACACAGCCUGGCAGACAGAGAUAGUGGGUGUGCUGCAGAGACACCCUGCCAUGCUCUCCCUGAACCCAGUUGGAUAGGGCUCUGUCAUCUCCCUUUGCCACUGGACCUUCUUCCUGUGUGAUUCCUUGCAUCUGGACACCCCCCCCCCCCACACACACACACACAGUGUCUUUUCCAAAUAGAGGGUGAACAACAUAGAGGGAAAAAGACACAGAGAGAGGAGAAACUCCCAGCAGUGUUCCACCAUUCAGGAAGCUUCCCUCCUUUUGCCUGGCAUUUGAACCCGAGCCCUUGUGCAAAACAGUGUGUGAGCCCAGCCAGGUGAGCCAUCUCCGGCCCCAGGGCUCUGCUCCAUGGAUGAACCCUUGGGACAUGUGGACAAGGGCAGGAUCCGCAGGGUGGACAGGCAAGGCAGAGGUGAAGAUGGUGCCUGGCCAUCCUGCAGCCCCAGCCCCUGCCACCUGGGUCCUCUCAGUGGGAAGGUGAGGACCCACCUAUGUCUAGGACUCUGGGAAUGAGGAUCCCUCCCCCAAUUCUGACAGGGUGCAGCAGCCAAGAGAAGAAACCUUCCAGAGGACAGGGAGAGCGAGAGCUCCGGCAGGCGGGCGCAGCAUGUCUGUCAGCGUGCACGAGACGCGCAAGUCCCGGAGCAGCACGGGCUCGGCGAACAUCACGCUGUUCCACAAAGCCUCGCACCCGGACUGCGUGCUGGCCCAGCUCAACACGCUGCGACAACACCGCAUGUUCACCGACGUGACGCUCUGGGCCGGCGACCGUGCCUUCCCCUGCCACCGGGCCGUGCUGGCCGCCUCCAGCCGCUACUUUGAGGCCAUGUUCAGCCACGGGCUGCGGGAGAGCCGGGACGACACGGUCAACUUCCAGGACAACCUGCACCCCGAGGUGCUGGAGCUCCUGCUGGACUUUGCCUAUUCGUCCCGCAUCGCCAUCACGGAGGAGAACGCCGAGUCGCUGCUGGAGGCGGGCGACAUGCUGCAGUUCCACGACGUGCGGGACGCGGCAGCCGAGUUCCUGGAGAAACAUCUGUUCCCCUCCAACUGCCUGGGCAUGAUGCUGCUGUCGGACGCCCACCAGUGCCGCCGGCUCUACGAGUUCUCCUGGCGCAUGUGCCUGGUGCACUUCGAGACGGUGCGGCAGAGCGAGGACUUCAACAGCCUCUCCAAGGACACGCUGCUGGACCUGACGUCCAGCGACGAGCUGGAGGCCGAGGACGAGCGGGUGGUGCUGGAGGCCAUCCUGCAGUGGGUCAAGCACGACCCCGAGGGCCGCCGGGCCCACCUCCCCGAGCUGCUGCGCGGCGUGCGGCUGGCCCUGCUGCCCGCCGAGUGCCUGCGGGAGGCGGCCGCCCGGGAGGCGGCGCUGCUGGCGGACGAGCGCACGCAGCUGCUCCUGGACGAGGCCCUGCGCUGCAAGGCCCGCAUCCUGCAGAACGACGGGGUGGUCACCAGCCCCUGCGCGCGGCCUCGCAGAGCCGGCCACACGCUGCUCAUCCUGGGCGGCCAGACCUUCAUGUGCGACAAGAUCUACCAGGUGGACCACCAGGCCAGGGAGAUCAUCCCCAAGGCCGACCUGCCCAGCCCACGCAAGGAGUUCAGCGCCUCGGCCAUCGGCUGCAAGGUCUACGUGACGGGGGGCCGGGGCUCGGAGAACGGGGUGUCCAAGGACGUGUGGGUGUACGACACGGUGCACGAGGAGUGGUCCAAGGCGGCGCCCAUGCUCGUGGCCCGCUUCGGCCACGGCUCGGCGGAGCUGGAGAACCGGCUGUACGUGGUGGGCGGCCACACGUCGCUGGCCGGCGUGUUCCCGGCCUCGCCCUCCGUGUCCCUGAAGCAGGUGGAGAAGUACGACCCCGGGGCCAACAAGUGGAGCAUGGCGGCCCCGCUGCGGGACGGCGUGAGCAACGCGGCCGUGGUCAGCGCCCGCCUCAAGCUGUUCGUGUUCGGGGGCGCCAGCAUCCACCGUGACAUGGUCUCCAGGGUGCAGUGCUACGACCCGGCCGAGAACCGUUGGAGCAUCCAGGCCGAGUGCCCGCAGCCCUGGCGCUACACGGCGGCCGCCGUGCUGGGCAGCCAGAUCUUCAUCAUGGGCGGCGACACGGAGUACACGGCCGCCUCGGCCUACCGCUUCGACUGCGACAGCAACCAGUGGACGCGCAUCGGGGACAUGACGGCCAAGCGCAUGUCCUGCCACGCGUUGGCCGCGGGCAACAAGCUGUAUGUGGUGGGGGGCUACUUCGGGACGCAGCGCUGCAAGACCUUGGACUGCUACGACCCCACCUCGGACACCUGGAACUGCGUCACCACCGUGCCCUACUCGCUCAUCCCCACCGCCUUCGUCAGCACCUGGAAACACCUCCCCGCCUGAGCCGUCGAGUGUCUUCCAGCCCACAGCUGCAGCCCUCAGGGUCCCUGUGGCCACCUUGAUUGCCACCACCACCAGCUCCCAGGCCAGCACUCCGAGUGAUCAAGUGACCAGAAGUUACCCUGGUCUGGAAAGUGACCCUGGGGGCUCUUCUGACCUUCAGACAAGAAUCCAGAAGCAUCUGCUACCUCCCGCUCUCCCACCUGAGGACUUUCCUACUCAGACGGUGGUUCUGGAGGGAGAGAGGACUUCAGGGGUCCAGGCUGACGGGGUCAGGGGCAAGGACUCACUGCAGAGCCUUGAGGGCACCUGUUUCAGCAAGUCCUGGACUUGGCCAGGGGGCUGAGGGGAGACGGCAGCCUGGAGGUGAUGGGGGGGCUUUCCUGUGGGGGGUCACACCCCAGGCCUCGAGGUGUGGGUAGAGAGGGGUUCCCCCGACUGCACAAAAGCUGCUGAGGACACCAGGGACCCCUUGGCCAAGCCCAAGCCCCCAUUAGCAAAUGACACCCAGACCCCCCCGGGGACAGCUGGUCUAGGGGACCAUCACACCCCUCCCUUCCUCAGAACCCACUGGAGAGGCAGCACAAUGCCCCCUCCCCAGACUAGGAGCAGAGCUGCGGGCCCCAGAGGAACUCCAGGGCACCCACAGGCUGGGAUCAUUCAGCACAAGGUGACCCCAGCUCCCCACCAGGCCUGCUGUCCUCUUGGCCGUGGAUGUGGCCCCCAACCCCCUGAAAACAAGAAGGGCGACUGCCUGUUUAUUUCUCCUCCUCAGUGGUCGACCAGUAUAUCCUUGACAUGGGGUUCUGGGAUGCUCAACUCCUCCUAACUGCCCCCCUAAAACCUGGGUCAGAGUCCUGGGCUCAGCAGGGAAGGGGGCCCUUCCCAGACCUCUGCAAGUGCCCUCUGGAGGGGCUCCCCAGGGAGCCCCUGCUGACAGGGCUGGAGUCACCUUGUGACCUGAUGCUUUCAGAGUCCAGCCCUACCCCCUCCCAGCCUCCAACCACUAGGGCUGGGCCAGGUCAUGAGUUUUUCUUGGCACCGGGGCAUGGGGCCCAGGUCCACUCAUGGGUGAGCAAGCACCCUCCAGGGGCAGGAGCCACUUGAGAGAAAGGAGUAAGCAGAUAUGAGGUGCCCCAUCCAGCCCCCCUGCCUGCUGCAGGCUCCACCCAGGAGGGCCCCAGCCUGGGACAAUGGCCCUGCCCCAGGUGACCGAGCACAGUCUUCAUCCUCACAGCACAAAGGACGGACUCGAUGGUGCUCUCUCCACACCCCCAUUCUGUGACAGGUCCACUUCUAACUUAAUAAAGGAACUGAGAAAGCC